AUAUUGUCAUGUUUUAUGUGUUUUAUGAAAAAUACCCAGAGGCAAAUUUAAAUGCUUAGUAGUCACUCUUUCAUAGUCUCAUUUAGAGACAUUUUUGACAUCUCUUCUGAAACUAGAGGUGACAAAUGUUUCUUAGGCAAAAAAAGAGGCAUUCUUAGAAAAAAAAAGAGGCAUCAAACUUUAGAUAAGCUCUCCAUUGCUGUUCAGGAGAAUUAGUUGAGUCAUUAGAGACUUGGUUUGUGAUUUUUCUGUUUUACCAUCAGACAUGAAACUAAAUGCCACUUUACAGACAUCAGAAGCAUAAAAAGAGAGUGUGAGCUGAGAGUGAACUGGGGAAACAGAGGAUUCAGUGUUAAAGGGAUGAAAGAGGGAUUGAGCCUCCGCAACGACUGUGUUGAGCGUUUGUCUCUCAGAGGGAGAAGAAAUGCUGAAUGCACCAUGACGCUGGAAGUUGCUGUUGGGUACCGAAAACAGACCAGGAUGGAGGAUCAGGACAGGGUCAGUCAGGCCUCCAGCAGCGCCACAGUGUCCUUUCUGCCGAUCAGAGACAAGUGCCAUGAGAAAGUGCAGACGUUUGGAAAGAGAUGUCAAGCGGCGAAGAGAGACCCCAACUGUCCUGUGGUGAUCAGAGGAUGGCUGAACAAGAGGGACAGCACUGGACUGAAAUUGUGGAAAAGAAGAUGGUUUGUUCUCUCCAAUUACUGCCUCUAUUAUUAUAAAGACAGCCGUGAAGACUCUGUUCUGGGCAGUAUUCCUCUUCCCAGCUACAGGAUUCUCUACUGCUCCCCUAGAGAGUGCAGGAACCGGAAAUAUGCAUUCAAGGUUGUUCAUGAGGGCAUGCGGCCGUACAUCAUGAGCGCUGAAACCCAGGAGGACAUGCUGGGUUGGGUCAGAGCUCUCAGCCAAUCAGCAAGCAUGGAGGCUGAUGACUUCAUCAACAGACGCUGUGCAAGUUUUCAGGACUUCACUCAGAUGGGUGAUAACACUGAAACCAUGGAGCUCCAGCACACGCCCAUGUUUCCACAGCAAAACGCCCAGACCACAACGAAACUGAGCAGGGUGCAGACAGAACCGAAUCUACUGGAUCAAGACAUGAUGGGAAUUAAAAUGAAGACACCAGAGCUGAGAGGAAGACAUGAGAGCAAACCAAUGUAAAUGAUCUGAGAUGCUUCAAAAUGAUACAGAAUGAAGGACCUUGAAAAAG